AUGUCAACUGCUGCGGUUUAUAUCCUGCCGGGCACGGACGGGUUUGGCAUGAAUCACCGCCCCGGCCACGACCAUCUCAUCCUCGCCAUGUCUUACGUUAUCCUCGGCCGUGCCAUCAAAAACGAGUACCUUGCCCUCGGCACCAUCUUUGGCACGGUAGGGGCGACCCUGCUCGCCACCGGUGGCAAGAAGGAGCCCGCCCCCGCUGCGAAGCCUACGCUUCAGCAGAUCAAGGAGACUGUGAAGGUCAACGCGAGCUCGAGCGAGGAGGAGGACUUCAUCAAGAACUUCAUUGCAGAGGCGGAGAAGGAGUCCAAGCACUGA